AUGGCGUCGGGCAGUGGGACGAAAAACUUGGAUUUUCGCCGAAAGUGGGACAAAGAUGAAUACGAAAAGCUCGCCGAAAAGAGACUUACCGAAGAGAGAGAAAAGAAGGAUGGAAAACCAGUGCAGCCUGUUAAACGGGAACUUCUGCGACACAGAGAUUACAAGGUGGACCUGGAAUCCAAGCUGGGGAAGACAAUUGUCAUUACCAAGACCACCCCACAAUCUGAAAUGGGAGGAUAUUACUGCAAUGUCUGUGACUGUGUGGUGAAAGACUCCAUCAACUUCCUGGAUCACAUUAAUGGAAAGAAACAUCAGCGAAACCUGGGCAUGUCAAUGCGUGUAGAACGUUCCACUUUGGAUCAGGUGAAGAAACGCUUUGAAGUGAAUAAGAAGAAAAUGGAAGAAAAACAGAAGGAUUAUGAUUUUGAGGAAAGGAUGAAGGAGCUCAGAGAAGAGGAGGAAAAGGCCAAAGCCUAUAAGAAGGAGAAACAAAAGGAAAAGAAAAGGAAGGCUGAGGAGGACUUGACGUUUGAGGAGGAUGAUGAGAUGGCAGCUGUGAUGGGCUUCUCUGGCUUUGGUUCUACCAAGAAGAGUUACUGA